AUGUGGGCCAUUAUCGAGCCGGGCAUGGGCAUCACAGCCGCCAACCUCGCCACUUUGCGGCCCCUCUUCCGCAGCAUUCUCGGCGGCGACUCCAACGCCACACCCCCUUGCCGUUCUCUCCCCGCCAUUGUACUCUCCUCCAGGCGUAGCCGCGAGUUGCCGGAGCCUGCGGCAUUCCAGUCCCUCGGCACGCCAUCCGAGAUCGAUGUGGAUGGUAACACCGCUAGUUGGGAGGACAUGGAGAUUGUGAAGACAAGCCAGGUGAAACUUCGCAAUAUGGACCAGACCGGCGAGAUGGCCCGGUGUUCCAUGCCAGGGAGAUGA